AUGGCUUUGGAUGAGUUAAAAACACAGCGAAAGGUCAUUAAAUAUAGCAUUACUCGACAUCAAACUGCGGUAAAUGCCUUUAAAGAAGGAAGUAAUGUUGUAACUUUAGAGACUAGACUUUCAGACCUGUCGGAAUUAUUUAAAAAAUACAAUGCAAUUCAAAGCGAUAUUGAAUCGCUUCAGUUUAAGGAAUUAUCGGAUAGAGAUGAUUUUGAUGAGGCAGCCUGGGACGCGGGAAACGAUAAAGAGCGCACCGGGGUAGAAAAUCAGUAUUAUGAGGUAGUGGCGAAAAUUAAGACGUUUUUGUUGAAAACUGAUACGUGUACGGGCCCUGGAGGGUCAACUACAGUAAUAAAUAUUAAUAAAUCUGCAUCCGAUUCUAAUGAAAACGUGACAAAUUUAAAACCGUUGCCUUUACCAGUCUUUUCAGGAAAACUUAGCGAAUGGUAUAACUUCUAUGAUUCGUUUAAAUCAUUAGUGCAUGACGAUAAAACUAUUUCGGACAUUCGCAAAUUUCAUUAUUUGCGCGGUUGUCUUAAAGAUGAAGCGUUCAGAGCUAUUGAAUCACUCACAAUUUCCAAUGAUAAUUAUGUAACUGCACUAGAACUACUCAUUAAACGCUUCGAAAACAAGCGGCUAAUCGUAAACGAGCACGUUUUAAAUAUCUUAAAUAUUACACCGUUAAUGAAAUCAUCUCAUGUAGAAUUGCGCCAACUUUUAGAUGCGGUAAACAAUAACAUUGCAGCGCUCAAGGUUUUAGAAUUACCGGUGGACCAGUGGGACGCCCUUUUGAUACCUAUUAUAACUGAAAAAUUAGACUAUGCCACCAAACGGGAAUGGCAAACAGUUCUAAACAAGGAGGUUCCAAAAUACGUGGAUUUUAACGAAUUUUUAGAAAAACGAUAUCAAAUUCUUGAAGCAUUAACCACCAUCAAACCGCAAAUUUCAAAUAACUCAAAACCAACAAAUACAUUCAAGAAUAACAACAAUAGUAAUAAUAAUAAGUAUGGCAAUAACAGAUCAUUCUCUAAUCACCUAGUGUACAAGCCCACUUGUAGUUUUUGUAAAAAAGGCCACAGUAUUUAUCAGUGUGACGAUUUUUUGAAGCGGACUGUAGUUGAAAGACUUAACGAAAUAUCAAAAUUACAAAUGUGUGAAAAUUGUUUGCGCACCAAUCAUAAGGCCGAACAGUGUAAAUCAAAGAGUUUAUGCAAAAUCUGUCGUGAAAAACAUCACACUUUGUUGCAUAUUAAUGAAUUUAAUCCAACUCAAACAUCUUUGUACACUGUAGGGCCCAGUCAAGUCCUAUUAAGCACUGUAACAGUGCUAAUCGCGGACAGACACGGUAAUUUUCACAAAUGCAGAGGCCUACUUGAUCAAGGAUCACAGGCAAAUAUUUUAACAUCGAAAAUGUGUAAAAAACUUGGCUUGUUUACAACAAAGGUAGCUACAUCAUUAACAGGUAUUAAUUCAAGGGCUAUCUCCAUAAACGAGGGUGUCAAGGUGACAAUAAAAUCCCUUGCAUCAGAUUUCGCCUCUAACAUAAAUUGUCUAAUCGUGCCGAAAAUCACAGAGCCGACUCCAUCUUUUUCAUUUCCUAAACAAUUAAUUAAAGUGCCCACAAAUGUAACACCUUCUGAUCAGGAUUUUAAUUCUCCUAAGGAUAUUGAUUUGUUAAUAGGAGCGGGAUUGUAUUGGGAUUUGUUAAUCGGUGCCGCAUUUCAGUUAGAAGUUAAUCAACCAUUUUGGCAAAACACAAAAUUGGGCUUUGUAGUAGGGGGCAAUUUUAUGAUAUCCGUAACAUCCGUCAAUAAUAAUGCGUGUAAUUUAUUAUCGAGCAAAUUAAAGGAAGGGGACUUAGAAUUGUGUUUAGAGAGUUUAUGGCUAGACGAAGAAAUUGAAGGCGGUACGACUUUGUCCGGAGAUCAUUUACGAUGCGAAACUCAUUUCGGCGAAAACUACGCGAGAAGUUCUCACGGUCAGUUCAUUGUAAAAUUUCCCUUUAUGGAAAAUACCCAACUCGGUAAUUCCUACGACAUGGCAUUAAACAGAUAUUUGGGUCUGGAACGGAAGUUGGGCAAAAAUCCCUCACUAAAGGAGGCUUAUGUCGGUUUCAUGAACGAGUACCUGAAUCUUGGCCACAUGGAACCGGCAGCAAUAAAACAUCUUGAAGGAGACAAUAUUUACUACCUUCCACACCAUGCCGUUUUUAAAAACACAAUUAGUGGCCCUAAAAUUAGAGUUGUUUUUGAUGCGUCGGCACCGACAUCAAAUGGUCUUAGUUUAAAUGACAUUUUGUUAACGGGUCCAACUUUACAGCAAGAUCUUUUUUCUAUACUAUGUAGAUUCAGAACAUAUAAAUAUGUAGUUUCAGCUGAUAUAACUAAAAUGUACAGAAUGAUUUUAAUGCACGAAAAUGACCGCGAUUUCCAAAGAAUCCUCUGGCGGAAUGAAGUUUCGGAACCUGUACAAAUCUAUCGAUUAAAUACAGUGACAUAUGGAACCACAUGCGCACCAUUUUUGGCAGUCAGGUGUUUAUUUCAAUUAGCGCUCGAAGCUGAAAACGAUUUCCCGUUAGCUAGUAACAUAAUAAAACGCGAUUUUUAUAUGGAUGAUCUAUUAUCAGGUAGCAAUUCAAAGGAGGAAGCACUCCUCAUCAAAGGUCAGGUUACGAAAAUUCUAAAAAAAGGUGGUUUUAAUCUUUGUAAAUGGACGUCAAAUUUGGACGAACUUUCAGCAGAAGGAGAUCAUUCAACUGCAAUAAAUCUAAACAAGGGGGAUUAUAAGAUUUUAGGGUUUCAUUGGAACUGUACAGAUGAUCAACUAAAAUAUAAUGUUAAUAUUCAGCAAAUCAGUACCGACAAUAUAACAAAACGAGGCAUUCUUUCAACCGUUUCAAAAAUCUUUGAUCCUCUAGGUCUUAUAAACCCGAUAGUAGUAAAGGUCAAAAUAUUACUACAACUUAUUUGGAGUCAGAAGUUAGAAUGGGAUGAUCCAUUACCGCAAGAAAUCAAGGAUGUAUGGCUUAAAUUCGUUAAUGACUUAUCCGAAGUAAACAAUUUGCGCAUUUCUCGUAAUUUAAUACCCUCGUACCCUUAUUUGCAAAUAGAAAUACAUGGUUUUGCCGACGCGUCCGUAAAGGCAUAUGGGGCUUGUGUGUACCUGAGGGUGAUAGACUCUUCACAAAAAAUAACAGUUAACUUAUUAUGUGCCAAAUCGCGGGUGGCACCGCUCAAAACAAUUAGUUUACCGCGUUUAGAGCUUAAUGCAGCAGUUUUGUUAAUAAAACUCGUAAAUAAAGUAAUCAAAACUUUGAACAGGCCUUUCCACAAACAAUAUUUGUGGAGUGACUCAACUAUAGUUUUAGCAUGGUUGGCCGAUCCUCCACAUCCCAAGUCGCUGUCGGUUCCUUGGUGGUAA